AUUAGAUAGAGAGAGAGAGAGAGAGAGAGAGAGAGAGGGGAGGAAAGGAGGCGCGAGAGCAGACCUGGCGCGCCCAAGCAGCGGCGCCAAAGCCAGACCUGAUUCACAAUCUCAGAGCCGAAAUCAGUUCCACUGCCACUUUCAGUUCCCACGCCCAUGCGGCCCAAAGUCUAGAGACGUGGUGUGGAGCCAAAAUAGUUGUAAUUCUUCGCGUCCCUAAACCACACCGCUAUUCUAAACCCAUCUUAUCUGGCGAGGCCGCCCCCUGCUUCCAAAAUCCCCGCUUCCCCUACGGGCUUUCGUCUUCGUCCCCUUCUUCGGUCAUCUUAUUCUUCUUCAUACGCUCCGUUUUCCCGUGCCUCAACUCCCUUACUUCCCCCUUUUCCCUCUAUUCGCCCUUUGCCCGCUGUUUUCGAAAACCCUUUUACCGACUUCCUCUAAUUCUCUUCCUCUUUUCCAUGGAGAAAGGCCUCCAAUGGCCUAAUUUCAUCCCCUUUUAGUUGCUUUCUCUCUAACCCACAUUCCCUUUUCCAGAUUCGCCUUCAUAUUCUACGUUAUUUGUGCAAACAAGUUAUCCAAAUCAAUGGGUGGUACGUUCAAUCCACAAAUUUUGGUAGACAAGCUAGCCAGGCUCAACAACUCACAGGCGAGCAUUGAGACUUUAUCCCACUGGUGUAUAUUUCACAUGAACAAAGCCAAGCAAGUUGUAGAAACAUGGGAUAAGCAGUUUCAUUGUUCUCCACGUGAGCAGAGGUUGGCCUAUCUAUAUCUUGCAAAUGACAUUUUGCAGAACAGUAGGCGAAAAGGUUCGGAGUUUGUUGGUGAAUUUUGGAAAGUCCUUCCAGAUGCACUUCGUGAUGUAAUUGAGCACGGUGAUGAUUUUGGUAGAAAUGCUGCCCUACGACUGAUUGGCAUUUGGGAAGAGAGAAAAGUUUUUGGAUCUCGAGGACAGAGUCUUAAAGAAGAGAUAAUGGGAAAGAGUUUGGAAACGGGUAACCGAAAUGGGAAGCAUUUCAGCAGUAAACUGAAACAAUCUGGCAGCAUAUCAUUGGAUAAAAUAGUUUGUGGCUACCAAGUUGUUUACAGAAGUGAGGUCGAUGAAGAUGCAGUAUUGAGCAAAUGCAGGAAUUCUAUUAGCUAUCUUGAGAAACUGGACAAAGAAAUUGGCGCUGAUGUGAAUUCAGGGCAAUACCGUGGAACAUCAGCUGCAGAGGAUCUGCGGGGACAUCAUCACAUUUUGAGGGAUUGCAUCGAACAAUUAACAACAAUUGAAACUUCAAGGGCAAGUCUUGUGUCUCAUCUGAGAGAGGCUCUUCAAGAACAGGAAUUCAAAUUGGAGCAAGUUCGAAAUCAACUUCAGGUUUCUCAUUCCCAGUCGGAACAAACUCAGAAUCUGUGCAGGCAGUUUUUAAAUGGUGAAAAUGUGGAAGCUAUGACUAAGGAGGAGGCCUCAAAAGAUGCUCAGACCUCGAUAGCACCACACACCCUUGUACCAAGGGAGAGAGAUCAAUCAGCGCCAGUAAUGUAUGCACCCUCAUUGCCUUUUCCUGCAAAACCUGGACCUCUUGAGGAAGAUCCCCGCAAGUCUGCUGCUGCUGCAGUGGCAGCUAAGCUAACUGCAUCGACAUCCUCGGUUCAGAUGCUCUCUUACGUCCUAUCUUCUCUGGCAUCCGAGGGUGUAAUUGGAAACCCAAAUAAAGAGUUACCUGGUGAUUAUCCAUCUGAGAAGAGGCUGAAACUUGAAAAUGACCAAUCGCCUUACACAUUGCCUCCCAAUCCUCAGCGGCCACCCGUCCCUCCCUUCCCACACCCGGAGUCUCUCCAACAUAACGCCUCGUCCACCAGUCAACAAUACACUCCUUCUGACCUGCCACCACCCCCGUCGUCAUCUCCACCGCCAGUGCCUCCAUUGCCUCCUGUUGGGCAGCUCCCUUUGCCCCAGUUCACACAGAAUGCUGCUGGGUCUGUAAGUAGCAUAGCUUACAGUUACAGUAUGACACAAUCACUGCAACCAUUAGCGAGGCCUGGGUACCCGAAUUUAGGUGCCCCAGUGACGGGGAUGUCUCCUUGUACAAUACCAACAAAUUCUUACCAGAGCUUCCAGGGUUCAGAUGGCAAUUUCUAUAAUCCGUCUUCAUCCAUGCCGAUGGCACCAAUUUCUAGGCAAUAGAGCUUUAUAUGUAAUAUGUAAUAGUAGUGAUACUUGAUCCGUUGUGCUAACAAAUCUUUCAGGCCCGGCCCUACCAGGAAACCUUGCAUCCGACUUAACUAAAUGGAUUUUGCACAUACUAAUAGUUUGUAAUUUAUCUUCACUUUUCAAUGUAUUGCUUGUAGUGUUGGACUUUAUUUUGCGCAAUUGAAUGUAGCAUGAUAGUUACGUUGACUUCAUACAUUUGUGCACAUAGCAACCCUUUGUAAUUUAACUUCAUUUAUUAAUGUAAUGCUUGGAGGCUGGAACACAACUUCAUCUGCUUCAAUCAA